AUGUCAGUUUUGAUUUCCAAUUUUCAAGAGAUAUCAAACUCGAACAGAUUCAGAUCAAUAACUCAUGUAAAUACCCCAGUGAUCGGUUAUGAUCUUCCAUCGACUAUAACUAAAUAAGGGACUAAGUUUGGAAUUGAUUGUAGAAAAGAUCCGUUUCGACCAUAGGGAGAAAGAACCCCAUCUCCAACAUCUUAUCAAUUGAGAUCAAGCUUUGAUCUUCUGCAAAACAGUAAAUCGACAUCUUUAUAGAAAAGUGUUAACCAAAGCAAAUCUCAAAGUAAUGGAUUCUUCUAUGCUCCUAGAGAAAGCUAUGCAAAAGUUGUGAGUCCCACUAAGUGGAAUUAUUACAUCAAUAAUGAGUUUGUGCCAGGACCUGGAUAAUAUGAUCCUGUCACUUCCUUCAAUGCAUUGAAGGCAGGCCCUAGAUUCUCUAUUAAGCCAAAGGCAUCUUAAAAUAUGUUCAAAAUUGAUUAGAAUCCAGGCCCAGGAACUUAUGAGAAUGUCGGAAUUGCACCAGACGGCUAAUACGCAAUAAAUAAUUAUAAGAGUUUUAAUGGUCCAUUCUUCAAAAAGUAAAUUAUUGAGAAAAAUAGAAUAGGGAUUGAGAAGAGUCCUGGGCCAGGCUAAUAUUUUAAUGAGUAAGGCAAAGAUUAGUCUCACUAUGAAUCUGUAAUAUUCAAGGGAAAGCCAACGACUAAAUUUGGAACAUCAAAGAGAGAUGUAUUUAAAUCAAGAAGUCAUACUCCUGGUCCUGGAGUUUAUAAAUUACCUUCAGAUUUUGGGCAUUACGUUUCAAAAAAUAGUGUUGAGAGCUAACUUAAAUCAAUCUAUGAUCAGAGGCAUGUAAAAAUACAAAGCAUAAAGCCUUCUGUCUACUUGGACAUGUAACUAUAGAAAGCUUAGGUGUAAUCAAGAAUCAAAAGAAAACUAAAAAAUAAAAGUUUCAGUUAUAAUAACCAAUAAUAGUCACCUUAUUUGGAUUAGAAUAAGUCAUUUAAUUAGUAAUAGAUCUAAUAAUCUUAGUCAAUCUAUGGUGGUAUAAUGGGCAAAAACAACAACCAUUCUCAUAAUAAUGAGACCAGUACAACUGCAUAUCACACUGCAGAUUCAAGAUUCCCAUCAGCUUACGACCAAGCUAAUUUAACUAUCAAUUGA